AUGGCCGAGUCUACCUCCGAAGAUCCAGUGUUGCCGCCACUGUCGGCCGCCGACUUCAGACUCUUCAACCGCCUCGCCGAGGAAAUGGAGUUUUAUCACAGCAUGCUACGGUCGACGUGGGAUCAAGUGUACGCAGGUACCGCACCAGGAUCGCGCCUCAAACCGUCUCAGCUGAUCAGUCUGGGUUUACGAUUCUGCCAACAUCUCGAAGUCCACCAUGACAUUGAAGAGGCGCACUGGUUCCCCGUGCUGGGCAGGAAAAUGGCCGGGUUCCAAGCCAGAGGGUUCGCCAAGGAGCAGCAUAAAGAAAUGCACAAGGGCCUGGAGAGAUUGGUUCCCUACCUGACGGGGUGCAGGAGUGGAGAUCGCGAGUUGCGAAGAGAAGAAGUAAGGGAAAUCAUGGAUUCUUUUGCACAGGUGUUAUGGUCGCAUUUGGAGGACGAGGUCAGGGAGCUGGGGGCUGAGAAUAUGAGAAAGUACUGGACGAAGGAUGAAAUGAGGAGCUUUCCAUUCUGA